GGAUCUACUCCUACGAAUGAUAAGAACAUCAGGGAGGACGGUUCGAUAUUGUGCUAAUGUAAUUUAAUUCUUACCCCUGCAUAUUGAUAAUUUAACCAAUAUAACAGGUGAGUUAGCUCAUUCGCUUCAAAUGACCUCAUGUACAGUAGAGUAUAGCCUAUAGCUUUCCUCUUGAUAUUCCAGCUGGUUCCUCAAUACAUGGGCUCUUAAAGCUGCUGCAAAUCACAAACUUUCCACAAGAGGGCGCCCCGUGCACCUCAAAGUGGAGGAGGUUGCAGAAGCAGAAAUCCUCAUUUCCUUACAAACUGUUGAACGAAAAUAAAAAGCAUCCAAAAGAUUAUGUAUCACUGUAUGGUAUACAUAAUUCAAAGUCAUAUGUCAAUCAUUCAUUCUGUGAAUUCAGAGUUUUUUGUCUUGUUUCAGUGAAACUGUCCAUCAGUUACUGGAUGAGAAUCAACACUAUCUGAGUCUACUGACUUCUCUGCUGUGUAACGCCACCCAGGAGAUGGAGCAGAGUGCCAUGGUACAGUUAUGAGGGACUGCAGGCAGGCAUGCAUUCAAACAGACCCCUUCACCACCUCCCCUCCUGUCAGGCCUGAGCGUGCAGCAGCCGAGCAGGUUGAUCAGAGUGGCAGAGAAUCGUUCAUGGUGUCACACUGAAAUCAUGUCAGGGUCUGUCUUCACUCCAACGUGUUACAGUGUAAAGUGACGGUGGACUGUGUGGAUAGGUUAUCAGCUACGUGUUUUUGACUGAACAUCUCGGAGGAAAAUGGCCAUCCUACACAUCCGGCACAAGCACCUGUGGAUUUAUGUUUUGAAUUAUGAGAAACUGUAGAUGACAGAAAUAAUGGAGAUUCCAUCUGCAGUGAAUUUGGAGGGACACCAGUCUGGGACAUUGUCAGGAUUACAAAAAAUCACAACACAGGAGUUGAAUUUAGAAAGCUCCAUCAUCUCGGCUAAUGGCUCUGUGGACCACAGAGGGGAUUAUCGUCUCUCUGCAGCUGAGAGCUCUCUGUGGAAGCCAGAUGAGGACUUAAGCAAAGUGGAGAACACUCACACUUCUGACAGUCAUGACAAACUUGAGUUUGUGGGAGGUGUGUGCUUACAGCAGCCGGAACAAGUGUCAGUCAUACCCUGUGAAACAUUUUUGGACCUGAAUCCACCGGCCACAAGUCAGCUUCACGAUGGAGGUAUUGUGUCCACGUUUGAUAAGUCAAGUCCUGGUCCUGUCACAGAAGACUUCUCAAACCAUGUGGUUCAGAAUCACUCAGAUCAGACAGGAGACUCAAACUCCAGAUGUGUAAACACAGACUGUGAGAGGUCAGAGACUCUCUCAAACGGACACGUUUUAAAGCCUCAGGAGGAUCUGUGCCCUGUCUUUAAUCUAGACUCCACUCCUUCCCUCGUUCUCCCUGCAACUGAUCCAGAUCCAGUACAGAGGGUCCCUCGCAUCAUUAAGCAUAAACCCAGCUCCAUCUCCUUCUCAAACUACCCCCACCCCUCCGCAGCUGAAGGACACGCUUUUGUCGAUGAGAGUUCUAACGAUGGAGAGUCUUCAUCAGAGGAGGAACGUGAUCACGAUCAUGACAGUGAGGAAGAUGACAGGGUUUUCCUUGAGCUGCCUGUCAAUCACAGAACAAGCAGCACGGGCAAAAACAAACAUAAAAGGAGGGGAGCUGCGAGUGCCCGGGCAGGAUCCAAUCACACGGGCAGAAACCGGGGAUUUGAAGCAGACGGGCAGAGCAGGAGCAAGGAGGAGUCUCCCCAGGUGAAGUCUGCUAUGUCUGACUCGAUGUGCCAGCUGAUGUUGAAACUGGACCAGCUUCAUCUGGACAUAGAGGAGGCCCUGAGUGCAAGCUCCUCCCCCUCCAACACACCCUGCACUACCCGCAAGAAACAGUGGGCUGCUGUUUCCAAGUCCACGUCAAACCAAACCCCAACCCCAAAAGACAGAGUCCUCCAAAGACCAGAGAGAGGGGAAUGUCCAAGCCAGGACAAGUCUUCAGCUCCUCGCAGCAGCUCAGCAGAAACAAAAGGAACAACUAAGAAGACGAUGUUCAAAAAGAUGACCAAUGCAUCAGGAGCAGAAAUCGAAGCAAAAGAGGCGUGUGACUGGCUGCGGGCAGCAGGAUUCCCCCAGUAUGCUCAGCUCUUUGAAGACUCUCAGUUCCCCAUCGACAUUACUCCUGUGAAAAGAGAUCAUGACUUCCUGGAUAAAGAUCUGGUGGAACCUCUGUGCAGGCGUCUCAACACCUUGAACAAGUGUGCCUCUAUGAAGCUUGAUGUGAACCUUCCGAAGAAGAAAAGUGAAGACUCUGAUGAAGAAGACCUGUUUGCUAUCAGUGACAAAUGGACGUUUGAGUGGAGCAGCAGGCGCUGGUCCAGGUUACAGGACAUUGACUGUCUACUGGAAAACCACGAAGAAGGUCAUCCUUCUAGGGACGGCGUUCCUCUGAGAACCACCACCAGCAGUGAGAGCGUUCUGACUGACCUCAGCGAGCCUGAGGUCUCUUCUUUGCACAGCGAGAGCAGCGGCGGCAGCGGUCACAGGGGCCUCAGCACGGAGGAUUCAGACUGCUCCAACCGCACCUGCCCGGAUUCUGCAGCAAUGCCAGACUCUACUUCUCUCACGAUGCCUCACAUCCCCAAAGAAAUUUCUCACUACAGCUCUUUAACUGACAAGCACGGCAAGAAUAGCCGAACCCGUGCCAAAGACUUCCUGAAGCGCAUGGAGACCCUGCGCUCUAGGGGAACUCUGGGUAGAGGUCGUAAGAAUUUGUUGAUCAGCUCUCCAGUGAUGCAGCAGGAGGCCCAGGCACUGAAGACGCUGCAAUGUGUUGAGAUUAUAAAUGGAGAUGUGGAGGCCUCUGAAACACCGUCCAACAAAGCUCUACCGUCCCAGUCCAGCAGUGAGGGCAGCAGCCAUUCUAGCGGCAGCGCUGUCAGCACACCCAGCUUGAAGGAACGUAAACCUCACCGAGCCGACCACAAGCGCAGCGGCAUGUAUUUGGAGGAUGUCGACAUUUUCUCAGGAACCCAAGUGAAUAAAGUUGCAGAACAAAACCGCAAGAAUGAAUUCUGCUCUUAUGAAGACCUGGUGGUUCACAUACCCAAAGACCACAAGCCAGGAACCUUUCCCAAAGCACUGUCCAUAGAGAGCCUGUCUCCCACCAACGGGGCUUCUAUCAACUGGCACACGGGCAGCAUGCACCUGAACUCCCCACCACUCAUUUCAUACAGGAGGGAAUCCAGACCUGUCACCCAGUGCUGCACCAGAGGCAGCAGAAUAAGCGUUUAUGAUAAUGUUCCUGGUUCACAUCUUUACGCUAGCACAGGAGACCUUAUAGACCUGGAGAAAGAGGACCUGUUUCCUCACCUCGACGACAUCCUGCUGCAUGUCAACGGCUUACAGCAGAUCGUGGACCACUGGUCCCAGAAUGUGUUACCUGGUGCUGAAGGGUCAGCGCGGGCUGACAGCGAGAGGAGAGAAGGUACAGUGGACCUCCAGUCCUCCAGUCAGAUCACAUUGGACUUUGAGGGAAAUUCUGUCACAGGAAGUCAGACUACACCGAGUUUUGGCGACGGAGACAGAGUAUCGCUUGCGGAGACAGAAUCUGCACAGCUCAGGGAGAGGAGGGACUCAGGAGUUGGGGCUUCACUCACAAGACCUAAUCGGUUACGAUGGCCAAGCUUUCAGAUAUCUAAUCGCAUAAGUCACUCAGUGGCCUCCCUGCAGAUCACAAACCAGUCAGCAGGCCAGCUGAGCUUGUUGCAGAAGUUUUCUCUGCUGCGCCUCACUGCAAUCAUGGAGAAGUACUCCAUGUCCAACAAACAUGGCUGGACUUGGUCUGUGCCAAAGUUCAUGAAGAGAAUGAAGGUACCAGACUAUAAGGAUAAGAACGUGUUCGGGGUCCCGCUCAUCGUGCAUGUUCAGCGUUCAGGACAACCGUUGCCACUUGGCCUGCAGCAGGCUCUGCGUUACCUGAGGAGCCAGUGUCUUGACCAGGUGGGUCUCUUUCGUAAGUCAGGGGUGAAGUCCCGAAUUCAAGCUCUCAGGCAGAUGAAUGAGAGCUCUCCAGACAAUGUGAACUAUGAGGAUCAGUCUGCCUAUGAUGUGGCUGACAUGGUGAAGCAGUUUUUCAGGGAUCUACCUGAGCCGCUGCUCACCAGCAAGCUUGGGGAGACUUUCCUCCACAUCUACCAGUAUGUGCCAAAGGAUCAAAGGUUGCAAGCUGUGCAGGCAGCCAUCAUGCUGAUGUCAGAUGAAAACAGAGAGGUGCUGCAGACGUUGCUCUGUUUCCUCAGUGAUGUCACUUCCUCUGUGGAGGAGAACCAGAUGACACCCAUGAACAUUGCUGUGUGCCUGGCUCCGUCCCUCUUUCAUCUCAACAUACUCAAGAAAGACAAUCUCUCUCCAAGGGCUAUGCAGAAGAAGUACGCUACUGGAAGACCAGAUCAGAAGGACCUGAAUGAAAACUUAGCAGCAACACAAGGUCUUGCGCAUAUGAUCACAGAGUGUAACCGUCUCUUUGAGAUCCCUCAUGAGAUGGUUACUCAGUCGCGUAAUUCAUAUGUGGAGGCUGACUUGCAUGCACCGACAAUUGACGAGCUGUGCAAGCAGCUGGAAGAUGAUGAUGGAACAUACCAAACCCAUAUGGAGGGGAGGCUUCAGAACCUGCUCAAAGAGGCCCGGGAAAAGUCCAAAUACUGGGUGUCCUGCAGCAGCUCUGAUAACACAGAGCUUUACUAUAAGAAGGUGGGAGAUGGGAACCCUUUGAGGCGUUGGAAAGUGUCCGUGGAGGUGGAAGCACCGCCCUCCGUAGUGCUGAACCGAGUGCUGCGAGAGCGCCACCUGUGGGAUGUGGACCUGCUGCAGUGGAAAGUGUGUGAGACACUGGACAAGCACACAGAAGUGUUUCAGUACGUCCUUAACCGAAUGCCUCCUCAUGCCAGCAGGGACUUUGUAGUCAUCAGGUCAUGGAGGACAGAUUUGCCCAAAGGUGCCUGCUCCCUGGUCUCUGUGUCAAUAGAGCACGAGGACUGUCCUUCUCUUGGAGGGGUACGAGCAAUAGUCCUGGAGUCCAACUACCUGCUAGAGCCAUGUGGCUCAGGAAAGUCCAGACUAACUCAUAUCUGCAGAGUGGACUUGAAGGGGAGGACUCCAGAUUGGUACAACAAAGCCUUUGGUCAUCUGUGUGCAGCAGAAGCCGCCCGGAUCCGCAACUCUUUCCAGCCACUUAUCACAGACGGACCAGAGACCAAAAUCUGAAACUCUUUGUCAGUUGUGUCUGCUGAGCUAUGAGAUUUAGAGCGAGCCUUUGAUUCAUCGAUGACAGGCAGACACAAUGCAUAGACUGAACCCCAGAACUAAAGCACAGUUGUUUUCAGAGAAGAAAAGCCUCAAAAAUCACUUUGAGCUCCUCUGUACUUGCACAAUGACAAAAGAGGACAUGUGAUAGGUGCUGAGCAGAAAUACUCAAUGAGAAAUGAAUCAUCCUGCCAAUGUCUUUACACUUAGGAUUUUAUUUACCUUCAUGUUUCUAAACCUGUAUAAUAUAAUAACUAUUAUCUCUGAUAAUAUUGUAUAACUGUUACUUUAAUCUACAAUGUCUAGGACAUUCAAGCUCUUAAAUGCUUCUGGGAAGCAUGAAUAUGUAAUUCUUUUCAGAUUUUAAGCUAUAAUUAUAAUAUAGACUCAAACGUCUGUGUAAAUAUGUGUGUGAAUACACUGUACAUGCAAACAAGAUGUAAAUAUUGUUUAUAAGUGAAGGGUAAAAUAGUACAUAUGUUAAUAUCCUAUAUAUUGAUUCUUUCAGUGUCAGCCUUUCUGUAAUACACAUGGUACAAAAUUGUAAGCUGGUUUUACUUUGCUUCAGUAUUGCCAUUUCUGAGUGGGUGUAAUUUUAUUAAACUUUGACCUCGUAUGGUUGUGAAAUGAAUGACUUAAGGUUUGACUCGGUCAUACCUGCUUAAAGGUACUGGAUUGUGCAGUCAAGUACAAGUUUUUUAAAAUAAAACUAUCAAAAUA